CAAUUUAGUCUCUAAAUGUUUGUAGUCUUAGUUGAUUAGAUUUUUUUUUUUUUGAAAUAAAUAUGAAUAAUAGUUAAAACUAAAAUUUUAACUCCAACUCAAAAAAACAAAGAAAAAUGUUCUCCAAAGUUGGAGGUUGGAUCAGAAUUUAAAAAAAGAAAAGAAAAGAAAAGAAAAGUAGAAGGGUAAAAAUCAGUUGAAAUGAGGCGGGAAACGCUGAGAACCACAAGGCAUUGGAAGGCGUUAAGGAAGACUGUGUCAAUGGGUUCCUCCUACAAUUCCUCUCUAUCAAUCCUGUGUGUAAGGAUCAGUUGUCCUGCCUGUGUUCUCCUCACUUUCCACCAUUUUUCUUCCUUUUUUUUCUCUUUUCUUCCCAUUAUCUCUAUACAUGGAUUUUUCUCUCUCGUUCUCUUUUGGUUCUGCCCCAAAUACCAAUUCAAUCUUGUCUCCUUCAAUCGCCCAUCCCUAAGCCGCCGCCGCCGCCACCCCCAUCCCCGCUCCUCCGCCAUGGGCAACUGUUGCUCUCGUGACAAUCCCGACGAUGCCCCCACCAGCACGAGGGAGGAUUCUAACGGGGAUAACUCCAAGGAUGAUGGCGGAAAUACCAACUCCAUUAAGCAUGCUCCUUCGGCCUCGCCGGUGGCUUCCGCCAAGGCUUCUAAGACCUCUCAGAUCGGAACUGUUCUAGGGCGGCCGAUGGAGGAUGUCAGAAACACUUACUCCAUUGGUAAGGAGCUGGGAAGGGGUCAAUUUGGGGUAACCCAUUUGUGUACUCAUAAGGCUAGUGGCGAACAGUUGGCGUGCAAAACCAUUGCUAAGAGGAAGCUUGUAAAUAAGGAGGACAUUGAAGAUGUUCGAAGGGAGGUCCAGAUUAUGCACCAUUUAACUGGUCAGCUCAACAUUGUUGAGCUUAAAGGUGCUUAUGAAGAUAAGCAUUCUGUUCAUUUAGUCAUGGAGUUGUGCGCUGGAGGAGAGUUGUUUGAUCGCAUCAUAGCAAAAGGGCAUUACACCGAGCGAGCUGCGGCAUCGUUGCUCAGGACUAUUGUGCAGAUUGUGCACACUUGCCAUUCCAUGGGGGUUAUUCAUAGAGAUCUUAAGCCUGAAAACUUUCUCUUGCUGAGCAAGGACGAGACGUCUCCGCUCAAGGCCACCGAUUUCGGUUUAUCCGUGUUCUACAAGCAAGGAGAGGUGUUUAAGGAUAUUGUUGGUAGUGCAUAUUACAUUGCACCAGAAGUCCUGAAGAGGAGAUAUGGCCCUGAAGUUGACAUUUGGAGCGUUGGAGUCAUGCUAUACAUUCUUCUGUGUGGUGUUCCACCUUUUUGGGCAGAAUCCGAACAUGGGAUAUUCAAUGCGAUCUUGCGUGGCCACGUCGAUUUUACGAGCGAUCCCUGGCCUUCGAUAUCUCCAGCAGCAAAGGAUCUUGUAAGGAAGAUGUUGAAUUCAGACCCCAAGCAGAGAUUGACAGCCUUCCAAGUCUUAAAUCAUCCAUGGAUUAAGGAGGAUGGAGAAGCACCUGAUACACCACUCGACAACGCGGUGCUCAAUAGGCUCAAACAGUUCCGUGCGAUGAACAAAUUCAAGAAAGUCGCUCUUCGGGUGAUUGCGGGCUGUCUAUCAGAAGAAGAAAUCAUGGGGCUCAAACAAAUGUUCAAAAACAUGGAUACUGACAACAGCGGGACAAUAACGCUUGAAGAACUUAAGCAAGGACUCGCAAAGCAAGGCACAAAACUCUCUGAAUAUGAAGUGAAACAAUUAAUGGAAGCCGCGGAUGCCGAUGGCAAUGGAACCAUAGACUACGACGAGUUCAUCACAGCGACAAUGCACCUAAACCGAAUGGAUAGAGAAGAGCAUCUCUACACUGCCUUCCAGUAUUUCGACAAAGAUAACAGCGGUUAUAUCACGACCGAGGAGUUGGAGCAAGCUCUUAGAGACUACGGAAUGCACGACGGGAGGGACAUCAAGGAGAUCCUUUCUGAAGUGGAUGCAGACAACGACGGUCGCAUCAACUACGAUGAAUUUGUGGCGAUGAUGCGAAAAGGAAAUCCAGACGGGAAUCCGAAAAAGCGUCGUGACUCUUUCAACGUUUGAUUUGGUUAAUGGUGGGAGUGCAGUGGAGGAGAUGACAAGAAUUGCUGCCACCUGAAUGUUUUGGUCUUCUAUGGAGAAACGAUGAAGAAUAUGAGGGUGAAUGCAAAGAGAAUGGAAAGGGUUGAGAAGCAGAGUCUUUUUGUCUCGAGAAUGCCAUAUAUUUACAGUGUGAAUGGUGGUGGUUCCUUUCAGAGAUAGAAAAUCGCCAUACAAAGAAGAAAGGAAAA